UCUGUCCAUGAGAGCCAUUGAAACAUCUUCGUUGUCGCACUGUUCUCUGCCAGCUCGUCUAAUGGCCCACCAUCGCUAGCCUCGAUGAUCUUAUGAGCUACGUGCGCCCAUCACAUGCAUGGAGUGUCCUCCAGCUACAUCGGAUCUCGAAGGGCCAGAUUCCCGAGAGUCCAAUCCCAAUGGCUUGGUGACGCCUCGUCCGACACAUACGCCGCCACCAUACUGGCAACACAACAGAGGCGCUUCGUACUCAAGCAACAUAUCCUUAAAUCAUCGACCCGCUAUCCUCCUCGAGGACAACACUCUGACACAUUCUCCCACCAGAUCUGCUUUGUGGGCGAAGUCAAUCGCCAUCGACGACUAUGUCAUUGUGAACGGAAGCACCCCAGGCAUUGGAUCAUACGUAGUAUGGAACUGCAAAGUUCAGACAUUGGAUGGUGGCCCAAUGAUCAUACGGAAACGCUACUCUGAAUUCGACGAAUUGAGGAGCAAAUUGAUCAAGGCCUUUCCCGAGGCUACAAAGUCGUCGCUCCCACCUCUUCCCCCGAAAAGUGCGGUUUACAAGUUUCGACCAAAAUUCCUCGAAAAAAGGCGUGAGGGACUGGCCUAUUUUUUGAACUGCGUCAUGCUCAAUCCUGAGUAUGCUGGAUCUACGAUUGUCAAGGACUUUAUCUUUCCGCCAGAAUCUUGAGCACAACUCUGUGGAGUUGAUCAGAAUCGGACCAGUGCUAGAGCUAAUGUACAUGAACGACCACAGAAGUCAACGGCAAACUAGCGAAAGUGACCUCUGGUCGACAAGUUCCCGAUCCAGGAACCACAACCUUUACGACUUCUGGGCGUCGUGUCCCCAGUUCUUCAAUGACUUGUAGCUGUUGCUACUGGUAUCUUCCUUGGCCUUCUCCUCCUGAGCCAGAU